AUGGAAGACGUGCAGCAAGAGGUAGACAAAAAGAAUUGUACUUUUUUAUUUAAAAAAAGAAAAGUACGAGGUAAAGUGUCAAGAAAGCGUAAAGGAGACGAAGAAGAUGAAAGUAGCGAAGAUGAAACUACGAUUGUCAAAAAAGAGAAAAAGUUCGAUGAACGUAAUCCGAUGAGACAAAGUACAAACACAAAGCGGUAUCAUCAGAAAUCUACCAAUGAUGAUAGUAGCGAGGAUGAUAGUGUAACUGUUUCUUAUAAAAGCAACAGGACGCCUAUGCCAGCAGGACCAAGCGAUCAGGGGGCAACUGCUGUUCUGGAAACAGAAACCGAAAAGGAUAAGGAUGCUCAAGCUUUAGAUACUGCGGCAGGAAAUGCAUCCAGUGGUAUGGUUCGCAAAGGACCAAUCCGUGCUCCGGCUAAUCUCAGAGCAACGGUUAGAUGGGACUAUCAACCCGACAUAUGCAAGGAUUAUAAAGAGACUGGGUUUUGUGGAUUUGGAGACAGUUGUAAAUUUCUUCACGAUCGUUCGGAUUAUAAACUGGGAUGGCAAUUAGAAAGAGAAGCAGCUACCGGAGAAUACAACAACAGCGGAGAUGAAGAUGACAAGAAAUAUGAGAUUGAUAGUGAUGAAGAAUCUCUGCCAUUUAAAUGUUUUAUUUGUAGAAACAGUUUUACCGAUCCAGUUAUUACAAAAUGUAAACAUUAUUUCUGUGAAAAGUGUGCUUUAGAACACUAUAAGAAGACUACGAGAUGUUAUAUUUGCAAUGUACAGACAAAUGGUGUUUUUAAUCCAGCUAAACAGUUAAUUGCACGAACUAAAUUAGAAGAAAAGGAAAAACUGCUAGAGGAAGAUAGUAUGUCUGACGAUUAA